GCCAGAGGUCGCCACACCCUUCAGCGCUGCUCGGUCAGAUGUUGUGUAGUUCCCUUUGAGGAGCCGAUAUCCUACCUUCUCGGUUGACGCUUCUCUUUUUCUUCGCAUUAUCAACACGUUUACAUCAGCGGUUCGCUUUUGGCUCGGUGUAAGUCAAAAGUAAGCGACAUAUCACGCGGUGUGGAGUCGGACAGUGAUUAUUUGUUGAGACAAUUUGCGAGACGUCGUCAAGAUGAGCAGUGAGUUGGACGUCUUGCGACAAGAGGCUGAGACGCUGAAGACGAAGAUAAGGGAUGCAAAGAAACGAGCAGCGGAUACGACAUUAGCGCAGGUGACGGGAAAUGAAGAUUCGCUCAGUCGAAUACAGCUGAGAGUGAGGAGAACGCUACGAGGUCAUCUUGCCAAGAUAUACGCCAUGCAUUGGGCUAGUGAGUCAAGAUUUCUGGUUAGUGCGUCUCAAGACGGGAAGCUGAUAGUGUGGGAUGCGUACACAACGAAUAAGAUUCAUGCUAUUCCGCUUCGUUCCAGUUGGGUUAUGACUUGUGCAUAUGCUCCUUCUGGAAGUUUUGUUGCUUGUGGCGGUCUGGACAACAUCUGCUCUAUCUACAGCUUGAAAACUCGAGAGGGAAACGUGAAAGUAUCCAGAGAGUUGGCUGGUCAUACUGGGUAUUUGUCUUGCUGCCGUUUUCUUGAUGAUAGUCAAAUCAUAACUAGCUCAGGCGAUAUGACAUGCUCUUUGUGGGAUAUUGAGACAGGUCAACCCAAUACGCAGUUUACAGGACACACCGGUGAUGUGAUGAGCCUGUCCUUGAGUCCUGACAAGAGAACUUUUGUGUCAGGAGCUUGUGAUGCAUCAGCAAAGCUGUGGGACAUUCGUGAUGGUCUCUGUAAGCAGACCUUCACCGGCCAUGAAUCUGACAUCAAUGCUGUAUCAUUCUUCCCCAACGGAACAGCAUUUGCUACCGGCUCUGACGAUGCCACAUGCCGAUUGUUUGACAUCCGUGCUGAUCAAGAGCUGAUGUCGUAUUGUCAAGACAGCAUUAUGUGUGGUAUCACGUCAGUCGCCUUCUCCAAAUCCGGUCGCUUGCUGCUGGCCGGUUAUGACGAUUUCAACUGCAACAUUUGGGACACGCUGAAAGGGGAACGAGUCGGAGUGCUCGCCGGCCACGACAAUCGGGUGAGCUGCUUGGGAGUGACGAAUGACGGCAUGGCAGUGUGCACUGGAUCGUGGGACAGCUUUCUGAAAAUCUGGAAUUAGAGAUGGAAAAGACUUGUGUCUAGCCACCUGUAUGCAGUAAUGAAUUGUUUAGUCAGCGUGCAGCACGUAAUAGGGUAGAGUGUUGUAGUUAUCACGUUUCGUCUCUUCCACCAUGAUUAUGUGUUUGCGUGUAUGGAUCUCAUCUGUACUGUACUGUUCGACAGGCUUGGAUUGUACUGUGGCUACUGUUGUUAUUCGAUUCAAUUCGUUGACUGAAUAGAAGAAUACCUUUGACAUGUA